AUGGCCAGCAACUACCAGGUGCGAUCCCUGGCAGGCGCAGCGGGAGGCUACGCCUUUCUGGAGGACCAUGCCGUACAUCGGCUUUUUGCGGCCAAGCAGGUCCUGGAGCAGCUUGAUGCAGUCAUCGUGGUCGGGAAUGGCUUGGUCACAA